UCACCUUACAAGGUGUCCCGGGUAUUCAUAGAUUUUGUUUACCUGGUGUAUUAACCUAAUUAUUAUUAUUGUUAUUACUCUCACUAAUUACUAGUACUAGUAGUAGGAGUAGUAUUCUUCCUCUUUGAUUUUGAUGAUUGCAAAGUUACAAUUCUUGAUAGAGUUUUCACAUGUGAUAAUCGGAUAUGAGGCGCACUUUUUAAGACAGAAGAAGCCAUAUUUCUAUUCAAAGAUCGCACUUUGGCACUCUCCUCCUCGAAUUCACAAGCAUUGAUCGAGCUUUGAGCUUUCUCAUAUGGGGAAGAGUACGCUGUUAAAUCAUCUUUUCUUUACCAACUUCAGAGAGAUGGAUGCUUACAAGGGAAGGUCACAAACCACGAAAGGUAUUUGGAUGGCUCAAUGUGAUGGAAUUGAGCCUUGCACCCUUGUUAUGGAUUUAGAGGGCACUGAUGGAAGAGAGCAAGGAGAGGAUGACACUGCAUUUGAAAAACAGAGUGCCCUGUUUGCACUUGCUGUUUCCGAUAUAGUGCUAAUCAACAUGUGGUGUCACGACAUUGGCCGUGAGCAAGCUGCAAAUAAACCUCUUUUGAAGACUGUUUUCCAGGUCAUGAUGCGGUUAUUUAGUCCUCGUAAAACGACAUUGAUGUUUGUUAUACGUGAUAAAACAAGGACUCCACUUGAGAAUUUGGAGCCUGUACUACGGGAAGAUAUUCAAAAGAUUUGGGAUUCCGUCCCAAAGCCGCAAGCUUACAAGGAAACACCUUUAAGCGACUUCUUUAAUGUCGAGGUUGUGGCUCUUUCUAGUUAUGAAGAAAAGGAAGAACAAUUCAAAGAACAGGUGGCUAGUCUAAGACACCGAUUUUUUCAUUCUAUUGCACCUGGUGGGCUUGCUGGAGAUCGUCGGGCAGUUGUUCCUGCUUCGGGCUUUUCAUUUAGUGCUCAAGAGAUAUGGAAGAUUAUAAAGGAGAACAAGGACCUUGACCUGCCUGCCCAUAAGGUUAUGGUAGCUACUGUACGCUGUGAAGAAAUUGCCCAUGAAAAAUAUGCUUCUUUUACAGAAAAUGAGGAAUGGUGUCAAUUAAAAGAGGCCGUGCAAUCUCAUCCAGUCCAGGGCUUUGGAAGGAAGCUUACCUCAAUUUUAAACAGUUGUCUGUCAGAGUAUGAUGCUGACGCUACUUUCUUUGAUGAUGGAGUAAGAUCUACAAAACGGAAGCAGUUGGAAGAGAAAUUGCUGCAGCUUGUCCAAGAAGCGUACCAAUCUAUGCUGGGACACAUAAGAUCUCGUACUUUGGAAAUAUUCAAAGAAGCAUUUGAUAAGGCACUAAAGGGAGGUAAAGGGUUCGCUGUGGCUGCUCAGGACUGCACCGAGUUUUUUAUGUCCCACUUCAAUGAAGAAUGUGCAGAUGCUGUUAUUGGGCAAGCAAAUUGGGAUCCCUCUAGAAUAAGGGAUAAGCUCAAGCGUGAUGUAGAUGCUCAUAUUGCUGAAGUUCGUAGUGCCAAGCUGGCUGAAGUUACAACCCUCUAUGAGGCACGAAGUUUGCGAACCUCUUCUCCACCUCCAUAUUUCUUUGUCGUCUGCUGUGACUAUGCUUUCUUUGAGCCGAGGGUCUAUCGAAAACAACUUCUCUACCUUCACAAAGUAGGGGUAAGGUCUGCGUACACACUACCCUCCCCAUACCCUACUUGUGGGAUUACACUGGGUAUGUUGUUAUUGUUGUUGCAAGUUGCAACUGUUCUUUCUAAUGUAAUUAUACUGGCACUAAUGGGAAUUCAGACAAAAUUGAACGAGGCAUUAGCUGGACCUGUUGAAGCUCUUUUAGAUGGAGCUGGUGAUGAUACAUGGCCAGCGAUAAGAAAGCUGCUUCAGCGUGAGACUGAAACCGGAGUCUUGGGUUUCUCUACUGCACUUUCUGAUUUUGAAAUGGAUGAACAAGCUAGAGAUAAUAUGGUUUCAAGACUGAAGGAUUAUGCACAGGGAGUAGUUGAAGCAAAGGCAAAGGAAGAAGCUGGAAGGGUUUUGAUUCGCAUGAAGGAUAGGUUUUCAACAUUAUUUAGUCAUGAUUCUGAUUCAAUGCCACGAGUUUGGACUGGAAAAGAAGAUAUCCGAGCAAUUACCAAAACUGCUAGAUCAGCUUCUCUGAAGCUCCUGUCAGUUAUGGCUGCGAUUCGCUUGGAAGAUGAGGGUGAUAGUAUAGAGAAGACACUAGCCCUUGCUCUUGUGGAUGGAAAAUCAGGUGCUUCCACCUCAGAGAGAUCCACAUCUGUUGAUCCUCUAGCCUCUAGCACUUGGGAUGAGGUCCCCGCAUUGAAAACUUUGAUCACACCUGUCCAGUGCAAGUCUUUGUGGAGGCAAUUUAAAUCUGAGACUGAAUAUACUGUUACACAAGCCAUUGCUGCUCAGGAGGCUAGCAGGAGAAGUAACAAUUGGUUACCACCUCCUUGGGCAAUUGUUGCCUUGGUUGUUUUGGGUUUCAAUGAAUUCAUGACAUUUUUAAGAAACCCUUUGUAUUUGGGAGUUAUAUUUGUUUCUUUUCUACUACUGAAAGCCCUUUGGGUGCAAAUGGACAUCUCCGGUGAAUUCCGCAAUGGUGCUAUUCCUGGACUUCUCUCUUUAUCCACAAAGUUCCUUCCUACUGUCAUGAACCUUCUUAGACGACUAGCAGAACAAGGACAAAGGCAGGCAAAUGGCGAACCGCAAGGAAAUCCUGCCCCUGCGUCAAACAGUUUCAGCGGUAGCCCCGAUGAUCAUAGUGCUGUAUCAUCAAGUGCUUCCUCUAACAUGACUUCUUCAGAAAAUGUAGCAGAAUAUUCUAGCCCCUCUAUACAUGAUAAAACGAAGUAAAUAUAGAGCAGUCUUAUUCUAUUUCAUAAGAACAAGCUUUCAUGCUCGCGCGGAUGUGGUAUCGUGCACAAUUCUGCUCAUGGCUUCCACCUUAGAGGCAAGCAUGUAAAGAUUCAGAAACUGAAGGCACUGGUUCUUGUGUAGGACAUGUAUACUGGGCAGCGACUUGAGGUGAAUGAGGUCCCCUCUUAAAGUAGAUUUUCUUUCUCUCUUUUUUCUUUUCCCUUCUUCUGCCCCCUGCUAAUUGCUAUAGCUUCCUUUUUAUAUAUCAUUUACCUUUCUUAUCUGGUUUUGAAUAUUAACCUUUCCCUGGUUUUGCCGUACAUUUUGUCUUAGGAGAAGCCUAAUAUCAUGUCUGCCUGAAGAAUUAGCAACAACUGUAUCUUAAUGAAACAUGACAAUCUCAAGAUUAAAGCGAUGCUACUGAAACGUUUUUUAUUGACCUUCACCCUUGUUCAUGUUAAGUUUCUGCUUGGGCAUUACAUCAACUCAACUAAGAAACUGAAUAGGGGUUGGCGUAAUU